AUGCUCUGGCUCGCUCUCACCAACGCGGCCACUGUCGCUGCUCAAAACCCGGCUUUCAUCGACUUCGAUCCGCCUCUCACGCAAUGUGUGAAGUCGACAAUCACUUGGGAGGGGGGAACACCGCCCUACCUUCUGGGAGCCAGGGUGAACAUCGGAUCCCUGCGCGAUAUCAAGAAAUACAUCAAUGACACGAAGCUGGAAUGGACGUGUGAUUUCCCGGCUGGAACCGAGUUGGAGUUCUAUUUGAACGACAGCUCGGGGCAGCCCUAUGAGAAUGAUCGAAAGCGCAAAUGGUUGGCGAGGGUGCGGACGAAUGCGAACGGCGAGUCAUGUCCUAUCUGGUGGCCGCCCCUCAAGAAAGCCGACGGCUCCCCGAUGCCCAUAACCUACACUGUGACCACGACAACGGCCCAGGCUACACCCGGACCUAGCGGUGACACUGCGCAAGACGGAAGCGCCUCGACCACGAAGACGUCGACGAAUCACACUGGACAGAUUGUGGGCGGGGUUGUUGGAGGAGUGGUCGGACUCUUGAUCAUUGGAGGGCUGCUGUUCUGGAUCUGGCGCUUGCGGAAGCGGCUGCGGGCCAACAGGCGUAACUCGUAUGCGAACAUUGAGGAUCAUACCGAAAGUGCUCGCCAAACAACUGUCAAUCCGAUCGCUGCGAGUGCGCCAUCUCGUCCUGCUCCUGAGCCUGUGCAGCCUACUACGCCGGAGCCGACACGCGAGCCCUCACCACCGACCAAGAUCAUGCAGCUCGACACCAUGUAUGCGCCGCAGCCAUCUCCUUCGGCGUUAGGGUCCGACUCGCCCGGACUAUUCGACACCACCACGUCCUCGCGGUCGCCACCGACUCGCUACACCUUGGACGCGACUUCUGCUCGUACAUCGACUGUGCCAAACUCGUCUUCCCAUGGCCAUGCGCAGACAUUGUCACCGAUCGACGACCAGCGGAGCGAGUACGCCGAGGAUGGCGGUCCCGCUUUCCCCUCUUCAUCCCGCACGAUCCACCCGCCGCAGUACAGCGACACUUGGAAGAGCUGA